CGAUCACCUCUCGAAAAGGGCUUAAACUCUUCUGUUGUCCACUCCUUGUUUUAUCAAGCAUGCUUUUCAUUGCUGGGGCUUUUUUUUUUUAAGAGAACAUGAAUGAGAUCAGGAUCGCCGUGCUUGGAAGUGAAGGGGUUGGAAAAUCAGCCCUCAUCGUCCGUUUUUUCACGAAACGUUUUAUCGGAGAAUAUGCAUCAUCCUCAGAAUGCAUCUACCAAAAGCGCCUAACAAUUGAUGGACGGCAGAUGAAUCUGGAGCUCUAUGAGCCGUGCUCUCAGGGCAAACUAAGCCUGAACGACCAGAUUCACUGGUCUGACGGUUUCAUUGUAGUCUACGAUAUUAGUGACCGAUCAUCUUUUCUCGCUGCUCGAAGUGUCGUGAAGUUCAUAAGGGAGCAUCGCUUAGGAACUGCCAAACGGGAUGCUGAAUCGCUCAUAUUCGUAGUGGGCAACAAGCACGACCUCUGCCACAUGCGAGAAGUGCACUGUGAAGAAGGUCAGCGCCUGGCGGCCGAGUUCCACUGCCAGUUUCACGAAUUGUCUGCCGCCGAGCACUACAAGGAGGUGGCGCUCAUUUUCUCCAAGGCGGUGCAGGGUACGGGCGGCGGCAAGGCCAAAGAGCGCCGGAGACGGCCCAGCGGUUCCAAAUCCGUCGCCAAACUCAUCAACAACGUUUUUGGCAAGAGGAGGAAAUCGGUGUGAGGCGAUAAACAUGGACAACUCGCAGUAGCAUAGUUGUACCACUUGCUUUAAGCGUGAAAAUAUACCUUUCCUAUUU